AUGUCUUUAGUUCAUUUGGCUAACUUCUGUUGUCAUAUAAAGAAUUGUAUUAAUGUGCAUAUCGCAACUACAUCAGUUCCUUUCAGCAGAUUGCAUUUACAGAUAGCACUUAGUCUUUAUAGGGAAGGAUUCAUAUCUCUGGUUCAAAAAGGAUCUACCUCGGGCCCAGAUUUGCAUCCCGUUGAUGUUACACCUGAUAACAUAUCUACUCGUCGUUUGUGGUUGGGUUUGAAAUACCGUAAUAAUCUGCCUGUAAUUAGGGACUUUUCUUUAGUCUCAAAGCCAGGGAGAAAAGUCAAUCUAACUGGUACUGAGGUGAAGGCAUUAGCAUCUGGACUUCCUGUAAGAUUCAUCAAACCGCUACAGCCUGCAGAGUGCAUAUUUAUGAGGACGAAGAGUAAGGAAAUCUUGGAAGUUCAAGAAGCAGCUAAAAGAGAUUUAGAGGGUAUGGUCCUAUGCCGUAUAAAAUAA